ACUACAGAAUGUUCUAUUUGUUAUUCUGUGGUAUUAUCUUAAAUCAUGGUAUUUAUUGUCAAUGGUAAUAGUUAUUACUUACUUACUACCUAAUUAUUAUUUAAUUUUUUUUUUUUAAUAUUGAAUAUUAUCCCCACAAAGUGAUGUGUUUAACAAAUAAAAACUUAUAUGAUUUUUUCUACGAAAAUAUAGUAUUUAAUUAAAGUAUUAAUUGAUGUACCUAAUCAAUAAUAUUGAGAUACAAGACGUAUACUAUAUCCGUUUGAUUUUUAUUUAUUUACUUUGAAUUGGAAAUUUGGAAAUGUCUUCUUCGGAUAUUGAUGACAACAGUAUACCGAUAAAUGAUUUACCCAAUGAUACAGAAGCAGCCAUAAGGUAUAUUAAAACAUUAUUACCAGUAACUGUAAAGGAUACAUUUAAAUACCCACCGGUUGUAUUUAUUCACCAACUAUAUGAUAUAGUACAUAAUAAGACAUUAAUUAAUAAAGAGCUGGAGAUAUUAAGAAAGCAGUCCAAGAUACAAAAACUUACAAUUGGAACUUCUGAUUCUUCUUCAGCAUUAAUAUUAUAUGAAGAUUAUGUUAAGUACACAUUAAAUAUAUAUCCAGAAAACCGUUGUGUCAACAAAUUUUUAAACGUUAUUUUACCUUCAAUAAAAUCAUUUGGAGUACAAAAAUGUACAUUGCUUCAACAAUUUAAAUUGCAGCAAUACGAAUUGACAGAAUUGAUCAACUGUGGACUUUUAUUGAUUAGAAAUCAAGAAAGUUAUUGGAUAUCUUUUCCAUCAUCUGGUAACUUUAUAAAGCGUUACAUUGAAGGUCGAAAAUAUAUUAUUCAAAUAAUUAAACGGAGAAAAUUUCAAGAGAUAUUAGAAAGUAGUAAAACAAUUAACAAGUGCACAGAGUAAAAUUGGAAAAAUUGGAAAAAUUGGAAAAAUAAUUACACUGCACAUGUGUCUUCCUAGAUGUUUCAAAAUUCGGAAAUGCACUCUCAACUAUAGCCAACAUUUAAUAUUUCAACUGGUGUCUCCAAAGGAAUCUAGGAAAAAUAAUCUCCUGAAUAAAAACCUCUGGAUAAAAAAUCUACAGCAAAAAAAACACAUAAGUAUACCAACUAUUGGAUACAACUGUCAAAAAUAAUAACUAAUAAUAAUAAAAAAUGAAAAAUUUGAAUGAUAAUUUUUAGAAUAUUAUCUUGGUCAGACAGUUCGAUUGCGCAUAAAUUAAAAAUAAAUAAUAAUUUAUCUAUAUAAUAUUUAGUCGGUCAGUUUAUUACAAAAAAAAGUUUCUCAGACCUCAGUUCGCUUACACAUAAUAUAAAAAAAAUUAUGAUAAUAAUAACUAAUAAUAAUUUAAAAAAAUGAAAAAUUUGAAUGAUAAUUUUUAUAAUUUUAUCUUGGUCAGACAGUUUGCUUAUGAAUAUUUAGUCAGUCAGUUUGUUAUAAAAAAAGUUAGUCAGUUCGCUUGCGUAUGUUAUUAAACACAGCUGUUAAAAAUUCUCCAAUGGUUAUAUUAUUUUUAUUUUGUCUUUUAACUAAUUUAUUUAGACAGAUGUUUUCAAUUUGAUUGUGGCCUUUUAUAUUGUACUACUCUCUUUGGGUUCACCUAAAGCAUCUAUAGCUAACUUGGCUCGAUCAGCAUUAAUUUUGUUUUUAAUUUUUCUUAUAAGUUUCCGUAUUGAGGGCAUUUUUGACCUACAAGUUUUGAGAACCUUUUAUUCAAUUCUUCUUGUUGGUUCUGUUUUAAAAUUAGAGUGAAUUGACCUCUUAUUAAAUUCAAAGGUAAGAUUAUUAUCUAGGCAAUAUUAUAGGCUUUUAUGAUAUUUUAAUUUUAAUGCGAGUUAUGAGUAUUUUAAGAUCUACAAUUAUAUACAAGUAUUUGCUUUGAGGAUUUUUAUCUGGGGGUUUUUGUUCUGAGAAUUUUUUCCAAUUACCCUCCCAAGGGAGUUCUCGCGUCUGUUCUUUAUAAUUUAUGUGCUGCAGAUCAACCUUAUACUUUAGACACCCACAAUGUACAUAAAUACUAUAAAUAAAAUUUGCCUAUUGUUCCUAUAAACAAACUGUAAAUAUCUUGUAAAAAUUUAAAUAAUAUAUAUAUAUUAAUUUAUUGCUUAA